GAAAAAUACUAAAAUCUUGUACGACACCCCAACCUCUGCUUGUAACUGCCGGUGCUCUUCUUCUUGGCGCCUUCGAAUCUAUACUGUUAUUUGCUCUUUUUCAGUACAAAUAUACACUUUUCUGCUUUUUUUUCGCAUUCCUUCCUUUUUGAAGAUUUUCAUUUCCCACGUUUUUAUUUCCCUUUCAUCAUUUCUCACAUUCGAGAAUUCAAUUCCAGUACACUAAUUUCCCUUCCUUUUCAAGCUUCUGGUUUAAGUUGCAGUAAUCUUUGAUCACUAGAUGAUUCUCUGCCCCAUAUGAUAGCCGCUACUUUCCUGAUCCAAUCCCCGGAGCAAAUCGCCGUUUUGAACUUCAGUCCUCGCUCUUCCCGUGGGUUUUUCUGUUCUAUUCCUUUAGGAUUUGGAUCAAAAUUGAGUUUUGGAACCGGUAGUUGUUUGUUUUCGGCGGCGGGUCUGGGGAAGCAUAGACGGAGGAUGGGUGGCGGUUGCUUCAAGGGGGGUAAUGGGAGAGGACUUAAGAUUGAGGUCGAUGCUGGUGGCGAGACUGUUUUUGAUGCGGCGGCUGCGAAGGCGAUGGUUUCUCCAGAUCAUCUCGUUAUCAUGGUCAAUGGAAUCGUAGGGAGUUCUUCGGAUUGGAAGUAUGCUGCAGAGCAAUUUGUGAAGAAACUUCCCGAUAGAGUAAUUGUACACUGCAGUGAAUGCAACUAUUCGAAGCUGACAUUUGAUGGUGUUGAUUUGAUGGGGGAAAGGCUAGCUAAAGAGGUAUUGGCUGUUGUCAAACAUAAGCCUGAUGUGCGUAAGAUCUCCUUCGUGGCUCACUCAUUAGGCGGCCUUGUUGCAAGGUAUGCUAUUGCGAAGCUGUAUGAAGAUUUUCCAAAAUUGGGACUCCCAGGUCUUUCUGAGAAUUCCAUAGAUGAAGAACAUACGAAUUCAAUGCAAUGCUCUGACCAGCCUUCCGAAGCCAGAAUUGCUGGAUUGGAACCCAUGAACUUCAUAACAUUUGCAACACCACAUCUUGGUUCAAGAGGAAACAAACAGCUCCCAUUUCUUUGUGGUCUCUCUUUUCUUGAGAGAAGAGCAUCUCAGACUGCUCAUUUAAUUGUUGGGAGGACAGGGAAGCAUCUCUUUCUCACUGAUAAUGAUGAUGGGAAACCUCCUCUUCUCCUUCAAAUGGUCAAUGACUCUGGUGACCUAAAAUUCAUAUCAGCUUUGCGUGCAUUUAAGCGACGUGUGGCAUAUGCAAAUGCGAAUUUUGAUCAUAUGGUUGGGUGGAGGACUUCAUCAAUUAGGCGUCAGCAUGAACUUCCAAAGCCCAACUUUCUCGUGACAGAUAAAAAAUAUCCACAUAUUGUGUUUGUUGAGCAAGAAAUCACAGACGAUGGCUGCAGUAAAUCAUCUACUGUCAUCACAGACCAAACAACUGAUUUGGAAGAGGAGAUGAUAAAAGGUCUUACCCAAGUACCUUGGGAACGUGUAGAUGUUAGCUUUUACAAAAGCAGACAACGAUAUGUUGCUCAUAAUACAAUUCAGGUGAAGACAUACUGGUUAAAUUCUGAUGGUGCUGAUGUGGUUUUCCAUAUGAUAGAUAAUUUCCUUCUCUAGUUGGUCUCUCCCAGUUGGUGAUGUGAUAGUGAGAUUGUUUGCUUCUGUUUUUUGUGUAUCAUAUAAAUUUCAUAUAUAUCUAAACAUUUUUUUUUUGGUGCAAAUGAAGAGAUGUUUUUUUGGUGCAAAUGAAGAGAUGUUUGGUUUACUGUGGCAUUCUUGCAGUAUUUACCUCGAUAGUUGUUUCA